CGAGUUUAUUGGCUGUAUGGAGGGGUAUCAGCAAUAACAACAAAUACUACACGCUUCCAAUGCUAAUCAGAUGCUCAAAAUGUUCUUCACACUUUCCCUUGGGUUGGAGUUGGGAAAUUUCACUGCCAUUCCACCCAAAAUGUAUUAAAAUUUUACUGCACCUAUUUAAUGCUCCCCAGACCUCCCAGCAGACCCAACUACAUGUACGAGUAUAAAUAUACAUAUGUAUGCAUGUAUGUGUGUACAUGUACAAGUACAUAUGAAAGGAGGAAGAGUUGAAUGCUUGGAUGUGUGGGGGGCUCUAGGAAAAUUGGGUAUGUGUUGUCUACCGCCUUGUGGCAAAUAUAAAUGAUCUAAUUUAAAUAAUUACGCCCACAAAUGUGACGCGCCUACCGAGAUUGCCUUCGUUUAAUGCUUGAGUAAGAAAAUUGCCCCAAGCAAACUAAUUCCAAAGUUGGCUGUGCUUAUGGCCUCACAAAGUGCUUGUGUAUUGCCACAAUCGAUUCUCAGUCUCUGUCUCAGUCUCGGGAAGAUUAUAUUAAAGUCCUCAAAUUGGAAUACCUAAUAGCGGGAAUAUGACGGUUUCGUACACAGCCGAGGUGGCCUCGUGCCGCCACUUUGGCUGCUUCUGGAAGCUGUUGGCCAGAUGGCGUGCCAGUAUCUACAAGAUUAUUUGGGUGGAUUUAUUGGCGUUUCUGGCAAGCUUCUAUUGCAUGGCCCUGCUGUACCGUUAUGUCCUUAGGGACAGUGACAAAGUGAUAUUCGAGGACAUUGUCGUGUACUGCCACAGCUAUGGCAACCUGAUACCGCUCUCGUUCGUUCUGGGCUUCUACGUGUCCAUCAUUGUAGAUCGCUGGUGGAAUCAGUACAUCACAGUGCCCUGGCCAGAUCCCCUGGCGGUGUAUGUGAGUGCCCUGGUGCGGGGUCAGGAUGAGCACGGACGACUCAUGCGUCGCACCAUCAUGAGAUAUGUGUGCCUGGCCCUGACAAUGGUCCUGACCAUGAUAUCGCCGGUGAUUAAGCGGCGUUUCCCCAGCUACGACUACCUCAUUGAGGCGGGCAUGCUCAACGCGAACGAGGCGAACAUCAUCAAGGCCAUGGACGCCAAGUUUCCCAAGCAUCCCAAGUAUUGGAUGCCCAUCAUGUGGGCCAGCAGCAUUGUGACGCGCGCCAGGAAGGAGGGGCGCAUCUGGGACGACUUCUCCCUCAAGUCCAUGAUUGACGAGCUGAACAAGUUUCGGGCUGGCUGCAACAUGCUCAUCCACUACGACACCAUCAGUGUUCCCUUGGUCUACACGCAGGUGGUGACCCUGGCGGUCUAUACGUACUUCAUGGCCGCCAUAUUCGGCCAUCAAUGGAUCGAUAAGCAGUCUGGCGGCGAGAGCGAGAGCAGAUACAGGAACGUGAUCAAUUAUUACUUUCCGGUUUUCAGCACCCUGGAGUUCUUCUUCUUCAUGGGAUGGCUGAAGGUGGCCGAGACGCUCAUCUGUCCCUUCGGAGAUGACGAUGACGACUUUGAGCUCAACUGGCUGAUCGACCGCAAUCUUCAAGUGAGCUAUCUAAUCGUGGACGAGAUGCACAACGAUCAUCCGGAGCUAGUCAGGGAUCAGUACUGGGACGAGGUCUUCCCAAAUGAGUUGCCCUAUGCAGCGGAGGCACAGCGGGCCGAGCAUCCGGAGGCUUCUACAGCUAGAAUGGACCUGUCCAAGAUCAGCACGCUGACAUCGAAUCCGUACAAGGCUCACAGCGUCGAUCUGGAGCCGGAUUGGACCGAUUUCGAUGACGAGGACGGGAACGAGCUGCGCAUCCGAUUCGCCCCGCAUGAAAUCAACCCCAGCAGGAGCUCUGUGUCCAUCUCAGUUUCCUCGGAUGAACACUUUUCACGGUUCGAAGAGGAUUUGGGCGAGGAGGAACACCUGAGUCGCGAGACAAGCAAGGACGACUUUGCCCGUCUGAAGGCGGAGCGGGAACGCGAACGCAUGACUCGUCAAAUCCAUCAUGCUGCCAUGACGCUGGAGCUGAUGAAGGGCGAAGCUCCCGCUGAAACCAGUUCGGGCGGGGCCUCGGAGCAGGACAACGGCAGGCAAACGCGCAAGGACACAGAAAUUCAGACAGACAAGAGUCACAUAAGCAAGAAAAAGGACAAGUAAAUGUGUAUUGCACGAAACUGACUUCAAUAAAAAUGACACAUACUCGUAACUCCAAACGCGUACU